AAGCAAUUCCUUCCUUCCUCUCUUUCCCUCAAUUCGGUCUACAUUCAACCUUGAGCCCCAAGAAAAUUAUCCUUCUCAUUCACUCUAUUUGACUCUACAAAUCAGCCAUACAUGUUCAACUGAAUUCUAACCAAAAACAAAAUCAAAUUUUCAAUUUUUGCUUCCCUUGUUUCUGUGAUUCGAACCACCAACAACCACCACCACUGUCGUUCCCUUCUCCCCUUCGCUGCCACUACCAUUGUCUACCGUCAACCACCCAACUCCAGCACUUAGCUGCUGCGGUCGAUCACCACCCCCACACAACAACCCCUCGCCUUCUCCCCUUUCCUCACGCUCUCCCCGACGCCUUCACCUCUUCCCUGGCGCACCACAGCUCUGCGCCAAUACUCCAUUUGCCACCAUCACCAUCAUCUGAGUCCACCGCCUCCCCCUAAACCCGCCGGAAAACCGCUGCAGUCUCCUCCCAUAACCACCCACGCCAUCGCACAACCUCCCCUGCUUUCCCCUGUUCGCGCGACACUCCCUCCCCUCCCUUGUUGUUUCGCCGCCGCAAACACACCACCACCAUCUCCUUACCGGCACGAUUCCACGCCUUUGCGCCGUCCAGAACCCGAGCGCAGCCCCAACCCCCUCUCUCUCCUCUCCUCUCCUCUCCCUCCCCUGUUUCCUUCGUGCCCCCUUCCCCUGUUUUUCGUGCUUCCCUUUCGAAUGAAACAGGUUCCAAAUUGGAACCUUGUUUCCUUUAUUUCCCACGCCCAAGCCCAAAACAAAUUGGCCCAAAUUCUUUUCAAAAAAUUGGACUCGGAGCUCAGGACGAACGAACCAAGGAAAAAGGCCUAGCAAUCAUGGAAUUGAGGUACUGCGGGGAUCGAUGGAAACGAGUAGAGGCGAGGAAUUUCACUUUAAUAAUAUUUACCUAGUUAUGCUUAAAGUUAUAAUAGUUUAAUUAAAAGACUUUUAGUAAGUUAUGUACUUUUAUUUUGGGAAUAUAAAUGAUUAUUAUAUUAAAUUGGAGGUUUUUUUUACGGCUUAUGUAUGAUGUUGACUUGUAAUUACCAAGACGGAAUUACGGCAGGCAAUGUCCCGACCAAAUUAGGUUAAUUCCGCUGCUAAUUAUGCUUUAAUAAGUGAUUUAGAGGUCGGGGAGUUACAGUUUGGUAUUCAGAGCCAAGGUUCUGGAUCAUAAGUGCUAAACCUUACAGGUUUGCACGUAAUAGAAUUCAAUAGGCUUUAAGCAAAGAGUUUAGUUAAAAAGAAUAUGUUAAAAUCAUGUUAAGUUAAAAUGAAAUGAGUGUGAGCGUAGGAACGCACGGGAUAAAAGGGAUUCAUUUCUCCUGUUAUGUAUGUUUUCUUGAUUGAAUAUGUUAUGCGAAAUAUCGAUUAUCAAGGUACUAAUGAUGCCACGAACGAAGCUCACAUCAAGCGCAACAUUUACGAUGACGUCGCCCACAAUGAUGUUUCCCAUGACGAUUUCUAUGACGACCAAUCUAUAAGAGACCACAAGGAGAUGAUGGAACGAUUAGGAACGGAAAGUACGAUGUCAACUGAAUUAGUCAAAGAUUCUCGAAAAAUGAAAGUCACUAAUGCGAACGAAAAUGCGUCACUAUUUAAGAAGUUUUCACCUCCGAAUUCACCAAUCUAUGAUCGCAAGCCGAUUCGAUGGAAUUUGAAGACUAGAUUAAUCAUAUGGAUCAACUACUCGAGACUUUCGACAUGCUCUAACGAACGGAAGCGAAUAUCGUGCGAAAAAAAAAAGAAUACUUGUUAUUGAUAUCAAGGAAAAGAUCAUUUUGUUAAAGAUUGUCCUAAACCACCUCCAACGAAUACCGGAACAUCAACCUCGACCAAUCAUGAACGAAACAACAACAAUGCUAAAUCGAUCACGCCCGUCAACAUACGUAAGAGAUUACAUGAUAAAGGAUAAAGAUGACGCCAAUGCUGAUAUUAUUUUGAUUUGCUCUCUCUCGCUUUAGAAUCGAACUUCCCUUGAUUUUAUGUUUAUCGUCACAUGUCAUGUUAUGAGUUUUCUACCCUAGAUAGACUAGGCAAAGUUUAAGCAUUUCCUUGGAAGAAGUUAAGUUAAGCACGGUGCGAACUCAAAGAUUUUGUGGAUAUGAAUGGUUUUGAGGAAUUUUGAUGGUUGUGAAAUCUUUAAGGAUGGUAUAAACGUUAGGAGUACCAAGCGAGCAUAAGGUUGUGAUUGAUCACUAAUUAAGUUAAGAUUAUUCGAAUUUCAAAGUAUUAAAGUUAUGAACAAAAGUGAUUCUUGGGUUACCUUUCCGAUGAAUAUUUUGAUGUUUAUAAGUACUAAAGUCUAUUAUCUAGAAUUAUUGAGUAAGGAAGCUAAGAAGUUAUACAGAAAAAUUAUGAACCCAACAUGAGUUAUGAUAAGAGACCCAAUUGAGUUGACCCAUGAAUAAGUUCUUGAGGAUUUUACCAAAAUAAGCUAUCAAGAAUUAGUCUGUCGAUAAGGUUUAAUGAUAGGGUACCGAAAGAACAUAAGUUUGUGUUUUGAGUGGCGAGUCACCGAUUAAAUCAAGGAUUAUUCAAGGUUUAAAGCAUGCGAGUAGAAUUGAUUUUUGAGUUACUAUUCCGCACUCUUUAUAAUGAUUGCUCUAUGGUUGUAAGUAUCUAAGUGUAUGAAAAUAAAUAGUUACUUAAACAUUUCAAUAAAAUAAAUUAUUAAUAAUGAUUUAAAAUAUAAUUUGACAGAUUUUUGGAAAUAAAUAAUAUUUCAUUAAUUCCGAAAUUAUAAAAUACAUAUUCAUUAUUUUAAAAUCGUAUUAGUUUUAAAGAAAUUUAUCGUUUUAAUAUUAAUUCAAUAAUUUGAUACUUUGAAAGAAAUUGGACUCGGAGCUCAGGACGAACGAACCAAGGAAAAAGGCCUAGAAAUCAUGGAAUUGAGGUACUGAGGGGAUCGAUGGAAACGAGUAGAGGCGAGGAAUUUCACUUUAAUAAUAUUUACCUAGUUAUGCUCAAAGUUAUAAUAGUUUAAUUAAAAGACUUUUAGUAAGUUAUGUACUUUUAUUUUGGGAAUAUAAAUGAUUAUUAUAUUAAAUUGGUGGUUUUUUUUACGGCUUAUGUAUGAUGUUGCCUUGUAAUUACCAAGACGGAAUUACGGCAGGUAAUGUCCCGACCAAAUUAGGUUAAUUCCGCUGCUAAUUAUGCUUUAAUAAGUGAUUUAGAGGUCGGGGCGUUACAGUAUGGUUUAGACGUACUAUGUUUUAGAUUAUUUUUUGUCUUUAGUUGUGUGAACGGAUGUGGUUUUAAACCCGAUUUAUAAUGUGUUCUUGGUCUGAUUGUUUAGGCUAAUUUUUAGGAUGUUGUUCAGCUGUUUGAAUGGUUAGACCAUUUUUGUCUUUAGCAGUGUGCAAUCCAAUCUCGUUCUAAUUAUCGGAUGUAGGAAGACCUUUUUCUUAUAUCAGUAAUUAUUAGUCGUGUGACUCGAGUCUAAUUAACAAAGUAUACUUCGUAUUUUAAAAAGUUAUCAAUUGAUUGUUUCGCAAUACAACAAAGAUAUUUUACGACAAGUGAUUGUUUGGUUGACAACAAAAAUGCAGGAGACGAAAAUUAUUGGAAUUGAUAGGUUAAGUACUUAGGUAAAUAGUUUUACUUGGUUGACAUAAAAAGUAAAAUUGAGGAAGUAAGAAAUUUAAACUUCACGCAAAACCUAGAAAAUAGAUUACUGAAUCCCCUCGGAUAAUCAAAUUUUACGGGGAUUCCAAAUUUCAACUAAACAACUAAACAAGUUUAGAAAAUUUCUAGGAAUUUUGUAGGAGAAAUGAUUUUCCUUGAAUUUAAUGCUCAUAUCAACGUAACAAGCCCAAAUAAUAAUGACAUUAGAUAUCGGCUACUACUUGGCCACUUGCCAAGUUGCCAUCUUAUUUGAUACUCGUAAAAAUUACUUGUAUGUUACAAAAAAUGUGGUUAGAGAACAUGAUAUAUUUUCUUUCAGAAAGAUACUUGAAAAAAUUAACAAAAUCCAAUCGCUCAUUACAAAUUUUACUGUCAUUGAAAUAGUGCACCAUAACCAUUAGGGAAGUGAUAAAUCCAAGGAAAAUUUUACUUCUUCCAAGGAAAUCCACAUUUUUUUAUAGUUGAUUUCUUUGGAAGAAGUGAAAUUCUUCCUUGGAUUUAUCAUUUCCGCAAAACCCACACUUACCCUUGGGGUAAGUUUAAUAAGCGUACCCUGCGCUGUUAUUGGGUACUUCAAUCCCUGUCAUUGCCUAGUCAUUCAACCUCCAUCCUAUUCAGCUUGAAAAUUUUAAAACCUAAUUUAAAUUUGAAAUUCAAAACUGAUACAUUUACUUUUAUUUUUUUCCUUCUUCUGAGUUUUCGAUGUUUCCAAAGAAAAUCCCCAAAUUUAGAUUUCAUAGAUCAACACCAAACAUACCCAAUUUGUGGAAUUACAUUUACAAAUCGCUGAUAAUAGUAGACUCGUUGCGCUCCAUUGUUGUUUGGCGUUUGAUCGAAGAUCGUUUUAACCGAUUUUUAAAAACAAAUUCUUAAUUGCCGAUGAUUUCGAAGUGGAUAGCAGAUGUAGAGGAUUUGCAGUUUGAUUCAUUUCUGGUGAUACAAAACCAAUAGAUAUGUAAAAUCAUUGAAGUAAUUGGUUUGUGACUGUAUUUUAUAGUAGAUUACAUUUGACGAAUAAAAAUUGUAGGUGUUUUUUUUUUUUUUUUUUUUGAAAUUUCUUCUGCGUAUAUAUUGUUUUGACUUAGUAAUAUAAAUUUUUUAACAAAAUUGAUACUUUGUGUAAUUAAAAAAAAUAAAAAUUGUUUGGGCUGAGUAGUGUAAAAUUUGGGCGGUUAAAAUAAGGGAGGAACUUUCAGUGAAAAUAUCCCGCUCAUAGGGAGGAAUUAGGCGGAAAGAGUGAAAAUUUUCCCCCCUUAAAAAUGUUUGUUUCCCUCCUAAACCAAUUUUUCAUUUGUUGAGAUGGCAGCCCCUUAUUGCAGGGUAUGUACAGUCAGCUUACCCCCAGGGUAACUGUAUGUUCUCCCUAUCAUUUCCCUAACCAUUAUUAUUGAUUCCAAACUGAAUUAAAAAUAAUUCCUUAAACAUAUUGUACAUUUAUGAUAGAACUUCAUACGAAUUCCAUCCUUAAGAUCAAACCUAUGUUAACCAUACUACAAGAAUAUUUAAUCCCUUAACAUUACUUCAAGGUAUUUCACAUUCUUUCUUCAAUCCCCAUUCCUUGCUUCACACUCUCAAAUUCACAAAGUGAAAACACCCUUUACAUGAUUUUACAACAACAACACACACAUCCCAUCACAUCAACAUUCCCACAAUCAAACUCUAUCAUCCCAAUCCCCAUUCUCCACAUAUCUUGGAUUCCAAAUCUUCUUUCUUUCCUCUCUUCAAAUCAUGCCAAUAACGUUUUCUCCUCUCCCACCAUCAUAGAAAUUUCCCAAUAUUGUGGGACCAACAUUCCUUCAUCUUAGCCAUUAAGUAAUAAUUAAUCAUUUAAUCUCCCAAUUAAACAAUUUCCCACAUGGUACUUAAGAAAGCUACAAGAAAGUUGACAUCUUUGCUCACCAAACCCUUUAAAAGACCCCCCAAAUCACCCUUUUCAUUUCCACAACCACCAUUUGUAGAACAACCAAGAACAACAACAAUGGUGGGCUCACAACAAUGGAGGAAUCCAUCAACCCCAUUCCUAUUUCCAAAAACAGAGUCCUCUGUUCUUCCAGAUCCUUCCACUUUCUUCUCCCCUGAACUUCUCUCUUCGCCUCUGCCCACAAACUCUUUCUUCCAAAACUUCGUCCUCAAAAAUGGCGACCAACCCGAAUACAUCCACCCUUACCUCAUCCGUCUCUCUCCCUCCUCCCUUUCUCUCUCAUACCCUUCUCGAUUCGCGGGCCCUUCUUUCAUUUACCAGGUUUUCAACGCAGAUUUCACGAUUUCUGGUACAAGUAAUCAACACCCAGUUUCGCAAACCCCCCACAAAAUUUCAUCUUUUAAUGAUCUCAGUGUAACUGUGGAUUUCCCCUCUUCAAAUCUCCGGUUUUUCCUUGUUCGUGGGAGCCCUUUUGUUACUUGUUCAGUUCUGAGAGGUACUUCUCUUAAAUUCUCCACAAUUCAUGCGAUUACUUCGUUUAAUUCGUAUAAUUCCAACACUAAGUUUAUUGUUAAGCUUAAUAACAAUCAAACAUGGGUGAUUUACUCUUCCACGCCUGUAAAUUUGACUCAUGAUUUGUCUAAUAUUGCUUCUGAUUCGUUUUCGGGUAUUAUUCGGUUUGCCGUUUUGCCCGAUUCCGACCCUAAAUUCGAGUCGAUUUUCGAUAGGUUUAGCUCUUGUUAUCCUGUUAGCGGUGAGGCUGUGUUAAAUGAACCGUUUUGUGUGGAUUAUAAGUGGGAAAAGAGAGGGUGUGGUAAUCUGUUAAUGCUUGCUCAUCCUUUGCAUCUUAAAUUGUUAAGUGGGAAUAAUAAUGUUGUUAUUUUGGAUGACAUUAAGUAUAAGAGCAUUGAUGGGGACCUUGUGGGUGUUGUUGGUGAUUCGUGGUCGUUGAGGACUCAACCUGUUCCAGUUACUUGGCAUUCAAUUAGGGGUGUCAAGGAAGAAUCAUAUGCUGAGAUUAUCUCAGCUCUUUCCAAAGAUGUUGAGGGUUUGGAUGCAAGCUCAAUUUCGACAACUUCCUCGUAUUUUUACGGGAAAUUGGUCGCCCGAGCUGCUAGAAUGGCAUUGAUUGCUGAGGAAGUUUGUUAUCCUGAUGCAAUCCCUGUGGUUAGGAAGUUCUUGAAGGAAACAAUUGAGCCUUGGCUGGAUGGGACUUUUAAUGGGAAUGGUUUUCUGUAUGAUGGUAAAUGGGGUGGAAUGGUUACUAAACAAGGGUCAACUGAUUCAGGGGCUGAUUUCGGGUUUGGAAUAUUCAAUGAUCAUCAUUAUCAUUUAGGGUACUUCCUUUAUGGAAUUGCUGUUCUUGCUAAGAUUGAUCCUGCUUGGGGGAGGAAGUAUAGGGCGCAGGCUUAUUCAUUGAUGGCUGAUUUUAUGAGUUUGAGUAAAGGGGCAAACUCGAGUUAUACCCGUUUGAGAUGUUUUGAUUUGUAUAAGCUGCAUUCUUGGGCUGGUGGACUGACAGAAUUUGCUGAUGGGAGGAAUCAGGAAAGUACAAGUGAGGCAGUGAAUGCCUACUAUUCUGCAGCUUUGAUGGGGUUGGCUUAUGGGGAUACUCAUCUUGUGGCGGUUGGUUCAUCUCUUGUAGCAAUGGAGAUGCAAGCAGCACAAACAUGGUGGCAUGUAAGAGAAGGAGAGGGAAUCUACGAGGACAUUUAUACGAGUGGGAAUAAGGUGGUGGGUGUUCUAUGGGCUAACAAGAGGGAUAGCGGACUUUGGUUUGCACCACCCGAAUGGAAGGAGUGUAGGCUUGGAAUUCAAGUCCUUCCAAUAUUGCCUAUUACCGAGACCUUGUUUCCUGAUGUGAACUUUGUGAAAGAUCUCGUGAAUUGGACAACGCCAGCUCUUGAAAGGGAUGGUGUGGGAGAAGGAUGGAAGGGAUUUGUGUAUACUCUUGAAGGAAUAUACGAAAAAGAGAACGCCCUACAGAAAAUAAGAAAUUUGAAAGGUUACGAUGAUGGAAACUCCCUCUCGAAUCUUCUAUGGUGGAUUCACAGCAGGGGUGAUGGUGCAGAGGGGUACCCUGGAAUGGGAUGUCAUUGUUGGUAUGGACAGUAAUAUUGUCAUUUGUCACUGAAUACGUUUAUCUCAGGUUUGUUUAAAGCUUAUUUAUCAAUUAUGAUGGGAUUGUUUCAUCUGUUGAGCAAUGGUGAUGUUUAAUGUUCUGUUAACUCAAUAAGAAUGCAUCAUUUCAGGCUUGAUCACUAUCCCUUGAAACUUGUUGCCGAUCUGCUGGGCAUUUUCAGUUAUCAUCUGUGUUUUCAGUUUACACCGGAAACUGUAGGUCUCACUUGUAUUUGAUUGUAUAAUACACAUUAUAUAGAAGCAUACAAAGUGUUGUUUAUCCAAUAUUUGCACACUGUAAAUCUGUAAUUACACAAUUAUUUCUCUGUAUUCUCAUAGUUUGUUAAGAUUUAUACAAAACAAUCAUAUUGAUGCUUCAA